AUGCGACGUCCAAGUUCCAACAACUCACUACUACUUCCAACGCCUGAUGCUAUAGAUUUGGUCAAGUACUUUGAUAUGCUAAUUAUAGAAGCAUCAAGAAUUCUAAAUGUUGAGCUUACUGUUCUCAAGAGAAAGUGCAGAGAAUCUAGUAUUCCCUGCUGGCGUCAUAGGAAGAUGAAAUCACUUGAUAGUCUCAUUCAUGAUCUUCAGGAAGAGGCAAAACACCAAGAAUUGGAGGACAAGGUUGCUUCCAUGGCGGUGACAAUGAGGCAAAGAAUGUUGGAGAAUGAAAAGGAAAACAUAGAGAAGAAACCCUUCAUGGACAUACAAAGUGAGACCAAGAGAUUCAAGCAGGAUGUUUUCAAGAGAAGGCACAAAGCUAGAGCUAUUGAAAUACAGAGUUCUGAAGUUUCCAGCACUUAG